AUUGAAGAUAUUGGCGACAAAAUGGAUGGGAUUAAAGGGAAAUUUAUGGACUUAUUGCACAAACAGGCAAAUCGACAAAUGAUACCAGCUAUGGGAUUUUCCGACUAUUUUAUACAAAAUGUCACAGAGACCAGUAAAACAGAUGCGAAUUCCACAAAGAAAAGAAAGUCCACUUUGAAAGAUGUGGAUGGUGCUGCGGCACUGGCGGAUGAAUGUGAUGCAACGGAGGCCUGCAGUAGUUCCCAGAAAUCGGAUCAAGAAAUAUUGGAGAGUAUAACAGAUAUAUACUUUCAGCCAGACAGUAAUGCAGAAAUGUACGAAUUGCAGAAAGUCUUAGCCAAUGGCGUCGAUUAUGAUCUAAUUGAAACCACAAUGCUCCAGUUGCGUACCCAACACAAAGUAUUAUCCAAACAAGUAUUACAAAAUAUUUUGGAACAACGAAGUGCCUGCAACGUCGAAUUCACCGCCAUCAAUGAAAUACAAAAAGAGCUGGAAGAAUCGUUGUGGACAUGUCGCAAGGCUCGUUCGUACUUAAAUUAUGCCAAACAAAAUCUAACCACCACUAGUCUGGAAAUAUUGGCUUCCUAUCGUAAACGUGAGAUACUUAAAGAGCUGUUGAAUACCCUGCAGGCCAUUAAGAAAUUGAAAUCAACCGAUGUGGAAGUUCAAAAACUUCUAUCCGAUUGUAAUUAUUCCGGUGCAAUAUCAUUGUUACUUAGUUGUAAAGAUUCCGCCGAUGAAUUUAUGCAAUAUAAUUGCGUUCAAUCGUUGAAUAAGAAACUGCAAGAAACUCUAUUAUUAACCGAAUUUCAAUUGGACACAGUUUUGAAUGAGAUGAUAUUGAAUUUUGAUAUGCGUAAAUAUUCUAAACUCCAGGAAGCAUAUAAGCUAUUAAAUAAAUCGCUAAUUGCAAUGGAUCAGCUCCACAUUAACUUCAUAUCGGCAAUACAUUCCUCAGUGAACUCAGUACUUCGCGGCUAUAAUGAUCCGAAUAUUGAUGACAAUUUCAAAUUACUCUACGAACAGUUGUGCGAACAAGUUGAAGCCGACAAAUAUAUAUCAUGUUUAAUAAGUUUGUGUAAAACCGUGUGGACCAUCUUAUCAUCCUACUAUCAAAUUGUUAUAUGGCAUCAAAACUAUAAAUUAUAUCCAUUGGAUAUGCCCGAAUCGCCCGAUAAUUAUAUACAGGAAAAAUUGAAAAAAGGACAAUCACGUAUAUGGAAUGAUAUUCUGACGAAAAUUUGUAUAUUUUUACAAAGUUCCAAGCUGCGUACCCUUAAAUAUGAUCAAUUUAUACAAGUGUUAAGUAUUAUACAGAGACUCAAGAAGGUGGGUCAGGAGUUUUGUGGUGAAAAUUCGGAGAAAUUAAUUGAAACAAUGCAGCUACAAAGUGAGGAGUUCUUCCAGCGUUAUCAUGUUUGUUGUUUGGAAGAGAUAUGUCUCUUUUUGGAUAAUGAAUCAUGGACUGUGGUGGAUUCAUUUGCCAAUAUUCUACAAUUGCCGGAAUUUCGUUCCAUACGUCAUUCAUUGAGACGCCACAAAACCCCACCAGCCCUAAUGGUGACCAACAACAACACAUUGUCUGUUAACAAUUCACCCACUAGCAAUAAUAAUUGUGAUGAACUGGUGUCGGUACACUCGCAAGACGGUGGUAGUUCCAUUUACGGUUCCUAUGGCUAUUUUUUACGUUUCAGUGAGAAAAGUUCUCCAUUUGAUGGUGGCCUAGAUGUGGCCAUGUUGGAAGAAGAUAUUCUCUCGGGUAUUGUCGACGAGGCCUCAUGCUAUUUCAGUGAAGAGGACAGCGAUGAUGAACAUAAAAGUCUACAGAGUAAAGACUAUUGUGAUGAUCCCUCAAGCCAACAAUUGAUUGUAAAUAAUACCACACUGAAUGUUUUUCGUUGUAUUGGCCGUUAUUUACAAAUGUGCAAGCUACUACAUUGUAUUUCACCGAAAAUCGUUUCAAGUAUGUUGGAGCUAAUUGAUUUUUAUGCCUAUGCUGUACAUGAGAUUUUUGCUAAAGAUUCGCCCGUACAAAUGGAGACAUUGUAUCCUGCGAAAUUGGAACAAAAAUUGGAAUUUGUUAGUCAAAAAGUUGUGCCAAACAUUAAGAUAUGGCCCUUGAAUUUUUCUUCCUUGAUCAACAAUGAAUUGGCAAAUCCGGACACAUUGUAUGGUCUCUCCCAGCGUAUUGUGGCGAUGGAAAGUGGCCACUGUAUGACCCAGCAAUUUCAAAUUCUGCAAAGUUAUCUUAACCAUUUGCUGCCACUGACCGAUAGGCCAAUGCUAAGUGCAUAUUUUGAUUAUAUACGUUUCAUGAAUGAUUUGGCCAAGCCUGUCUAUACAUGUGUUACCUCGCGGGUCUUCGAUCUACCAGCUAUAUUGGCCAUGAUGGCAAAAGUGAAAUGGGAUGUCAAUCAUGUUAGUUUUCAACAUAAUGGUUAUAUUGAUAUUAUGAAUAGGAAUAUACAAAAUUUUGCAAUGCGCCUGGAGGAAAUUGCUAAGGAUAUUACCAUACCCAGUGAACAGGUGUGGAAUUCGGUGGCCCAUGUGGCCACUCAUUUAUUGGUUGAGGGUUUCUCCAAUGUGAAAAAAUGUUCGGCCGGUGGUCGUGCCCUUAUGCAAUUGGAUUUCACGAACUUCAUGUCCAUUCUUGAAUUGAUUUCAAAUCAAAAAUUCCCUGAACAUCGCCAAUAUGUUGAUUUGUACAUAAAGGCCUAUUAUUUUGCCAAUGAACAAUUUGAAGAAUGGAUUUUGGAACAGAAACAGCUGGAACCAGCACAAUAUUCCACAAAACAGCUAAUGAAUCUCAUACAGUGUGUAUGUGUAAGUGAUAAGAAAGUGAGACAAAAACUACUUAAUCUUUUGGGUAAUGGUGGUGCUGGUACAACAAACGGUGGCUCCAACUUAAAUAUAAGUUUAUCAAGUCUUACAAUUUCUACGGCAAAUGCCGCCACCGCCGCCGCUUCCACAACAUCAUCGCCAUCAGCAUCAUAA